CUCAUGGAAAGGAUGGCUCACGUCCUGUGGCUGGCUUUGGCCUCCUGCAUUCUGACUCUGGCUUCUACAGAGCAGCGAGGUUCCGGAAACCCCACCAACGCCCGUUCCUAUGAGCAGGACUUGGAAUGUGGAGCCCUGGGCCCCUCAGAGACCCAGCUCUGUUUUGACCCCUGCCAGAAUUACACCCUCCUGGACGAACCUUUCCGAAGCAAGGAGAACACGGAGGAAGAGCAGGGCUGUGACAUGGACAAGCACGGCUGGUACCGCUUUGUGGGCGAAGGAGGAGUGAGGAUGCCGGAGGACUGCGUCCCUGUGUUCCGGUGCCAGACGGCUGCUCCCAUGUGGCUGAAAGGCACCCACCCCACCCUGGGGGAGGGCAUCGUCAACCGCACAGCCUGUGCCCACUGGAGCGGCAACUGCUGCCUCUGGAAGACUAACGUGCUGGUGAAGGCCUGCCCGGGCGAGUACCACGUGUACCGGUUGGAGGGCACCCCCUAUUGUAAUCUGGGAUACUGCACAGAUCCUGCCUCUGCCACGCCCCCGUGUGAUAGGACCUGCCGCCCCGAGGAGGAGUGCCUUCUUGUCGAGGACACCUGGGACUGCUUCUGCAGAAAGGACCUCAACAUUUCUGAUGUCUACAGUUUGCAGCCUCAGCUGGACUGUGGGGCCAGCGAGAUGAAGGUGUCACUGGACAAGUGUGUGCUGGGAGGCCUGGGGUUCGAGGGUGAGGUCAGUGCCUACCUGCAGGAUCAGACCUCGAACUGCAGCAGCACCAUGCAGAGAGAGGAGAGGAACUGGAUAUCCGUGACCAGCCCCACCCAGGCUGGGGCCUGCGGAAACGUUCUGGAGAGAAACCAAACCCACGCCAUCUACAAAAACACCCUCUCCCUGGUCAACGAUUUCAUCAUCAGAGACACCAUUCUGAGCAUCAGCUUCCAGUGUGCCUACCCGCUGGACAUGAAAGUCAGCCUCCAAACUGCCCUGAAGCCCAUUGUAAGUUCCUUGAACAUCAGUGUGGACGGGGAGGGAGAGUUCAUUGUCCGGAUGGCCCUCUUCCAAGACCAGAGCUACACGUCUCCUUAUGAAGGGUCAGCAGUCGUGCUGUCUGUUGAAUCCAUGCUCUAUGUGGGUGCCAUCCUGGUGAGAGGGGACACCUCCCGGUUUAACCUGGUGUUGAGGAACUGCUAUGCCACGCCCACUGGAGACAAGAACGACCCCGUGAGAUAUUUCAUCAUCAAAAAUGGCUGCCCAAAUCAAUAUGAUGCCACGAUCAACGUGGAGGAGAAUGGGGUGUCUUCAGAAAGCCGGUUCUCAGUUCAGAUGUUCAUGUUUGCUGGAAAUUAUGACCUGGUUUUCCUGCACUGUGAAGUUUCUCUCUGUGAUUCCCUUAAAGAACAGUGUGAACCGUCUUGCUCAAGAAGUCAACGCCGCAGUGAAUUAGUGGCUAUCGACUCAGCCCAGGUUCUAGAUCUGGGACCCAUCACUCGGAGAGGUGCCAUCGUGGACGGAGCUCCCAGCACUGCAGGGUUCCUGGUGGCCUGGCCCAUGCUUCUCCUCCCUCUGCUCCUGGCUGGGCUCUUCUGAGAGCUCAGCUGGGCACCCAGCCCUGAAGCUCGUGUUCUUCCCUCUGACGAUGGCUUCCAGUCACUUUUCAACUCUGCUGGAUCUCUCUCCAAUCAACGUAGAUGGUCUUGGUGUUAACAGACUCCAGGCCAGGCUAGGUUUGGGGGAAAAAGAAGAGCUUUCCCUUGUUAGCAUUCUCAGUGCCUUUGUAUUCCUCCUUUUCUCAUGGUGGGGGCCCCCUGGCGCCUGGCCUGGCCUGGCUCAUUCAUUAGCAGGAUCUCGAAAGCAAAUUUGUUUGGUGCUUCUGUGGCUCUAGCCUUUACCAGAAGCAUAGCACCUGUUCAUAACAUCAGGGAAGAGGGGCCAAGUCAGCAGGGGGAAGGGGAAGGGGAAGGGGAAGGGGCAGGGGGAGGAGCUUGUAAAAAAGGUACCUCCCAAGGCCUUCCCAAGCACCCCCUGUUCUGACUGCUGCUGAAUUGAACAGGCUGACGCUUGCUUUCAUCUCGCUUCCUCUGAUGUAUUUCCAUCAUGGUCUCAACAAUUGCCAUGGGGACACGGGGUAAAGGGGCCACUUUUGGAGACCCAUGUCUCCCCUGAUCCCUGCAACACCACAGACACGCUCUGACAUGCCCAGAGCUACAUAAACCCCCACCACUGGGACCUGGAUGCUGGAAGAACUGCUCAAUUUGGGUUCAGAGAUACUGUCACCCCAGAGCACAUCUCUAGCUGUAAACAGUGAUGCGCUGGCUCUGAAGGCUUAAGCAGGGAGGCCCAGCAUAAAACGAUGCAUCGACUCUGCCACAAGGAUAUAGCAGCAGAGCCUGGGAGAUGGGUCAAGUACCCUUCUGGAAACCUUUAUGAAUCCUCAAAAAGCACUCCACAAAGAUGCCACAGAUAUGGAGUGUGUCCCCUCCCCACAGCUAUGCAUAAGACCCCUCCACGCCGGCCUCAGGGAAGAUGACGGGAUCUGGGCCAGGCCACCCAAGGCAGAGCCUGUUUAUCUGCCAGGAGGAGACUUUCCAAAGUGCGGUGUUGUUCAGAGAUGGUGUGGUUGCAAGAAACAGAAACCCACUCCAGCGGACUCAGGCCAAAGGGGAAUUAGUUAUAAGGUUACAGGAGCACAAAGACCAAGGAACCGGCUGCACAAGGAAAACCACGAGAAAUCAAGUUUGUCUGUCCUUCCAUCUGUCACUCUUCCUGAAGCCACACCGCACUGACAUCUGCCUAUCUUUGUGUGUCCCUUCAUUGCCCCCUCUCUCUGUGAACCUAGCUUUACCCAUUCAUUCAUCAUCCUUGAUUAACUGUGGACAUUGCAGCAUCACAUCACUUCUUAAUUCAGGGACCACAGAGACUGUCUUGAUAUCUUGGUAUCCCACAUCCAAACUGCACAGGACUUGUGCAAUUCCGUGCUUGGAUCUGAGUGCUUCCCCUGGUCCAAUCAUUGAGGCCCGGUGAAUGGGCUCCCCUGGCACCGACAUAGCCAACGGGGCCAACCUGAGGGGACAGGUCUCAGAUAAAUGAGGAUGUUCCUUGGACGGACAUCCCAAAAGGCCACUAUGAUAACGGCUACUUUAAAGAGAGUUUCCUGGGAGGAAUCGUGUCCUGUUUCCCAGUAAGUUAGAGGACUCAUAACCACUGUCUUCCAAGGGAGGUGAUAUGUGAGGCAUGGAUCUGAAAGGAGGUCAGGAGGCAGGUCCUCACCUUUUCUGCUCUCUGAGGCUCAUCUUCUCCCUUCUGUAGAAUAGAGGGGCUGGGCUAGAGCAAGAUUCACAACAUGCAGAGUGGACCCCUUUCUCUAAAUACAAGUCUAUGUGAACAUCCAAUAUACAGAGAGAUUAAAAGCAAACAGACUCUUGUCAAUGUCAAGUGAGGGGCUUACCUCUUUCAUUCUGUGCUUCCCUCCUCAGGCCCUCAAAGAAACUCCAUAACAACCCACAGAGUUGCCAAGGGCAAAGGUUUGGGAUGCUCUGGGACAUCUGACCUCUAAUAUCUCUUCCAGUGUAAAGUUUGUGGGAUUCUACUUAACUAGACCCAACCCCAUCUGUCUGUCUGUCUGUCUGUCUGCCCGCUAUCUAUCUAUCCUUCUAUCCAUCUAUUCAUUUAUCUCCUAUUUUCUCUCUCCCUCUCCAUCUGCCUGCCUACCUAUAUGUCUAUCAUCUAGCUAGUCACAGCUUUUUGUUUUCUAUAAAUGGGCAUGUUACGCAAAUAACAAUCUCUGAAUACUUAGUCUACUUUGUUCAUUCGAUCAACACUGAUCUGCUGAGCAACUGUCAUGUUCCAGGUCCAAGAUCCUGGGUAAAAUAAUGAAUGAAACACAGUCCCUGCACAAUCUGGUGGAGCACAAACAUACACUCACACACACACACACCCGCUGACCCUCAGACGCAGGGCCCACACCCAUGCCAACGUACACAUGCCAACAGAUACACAUUUCAACUUCACCUGCCCAAAGAUACAUGUCACACACACAGAUCCUUCCCUGGGUCCUCCAGCCCAGUCUCUUACGUAUUUAUUGCCAUGAAUAACUUAGUAACAGCCAACAUUUUAACAUGUCCUCUGCAUCAGGCAUCAUGCUAGGUGCAUGGUGGACACUAUCAUUCUGUGUUCAUAUUAGAUACUCAAGGUGUAUGUACUUUUUUUUAUCCCCAGUUUAGAGAUAGGUAAAUCAAAGCUUAAAGAAUUACUCAUCCAAGGGUUUAUCGCUUUUAAAUGCUGUUUUCAGGGCUUGAAUUUGGAGCAUGUGUCAUAACUAGACACUGUAUAUUGCCUCGUUAUACACAAAGCACACACACACACAGAGGCACUCAUAUAUGCACACGUGUACCACCUUAUAUACAUGCAUCCCCCUGCAUACAGACAUGGGAACAUAUACAUACACACUGACGCUCAUAAGUGGACAGACAUACACAUUUGCCUACACAGAGGCCCUCACACGUGCACAGACAUUGAUAUUCAUGGACACACAGAUGCUAACAUGCACACUGAUUUACGUGUGGUCAUGUAGAUGCAGACACAUACCCCUUAAUACAGAAAAAAAAAAAACCCAGGAACACUCAUGUCCUGUGCUACACACAUACACACACACACACACUCAUAGAUACGUGAACACAUGCAUACAUACCUACGAGACACAGGACCUGGAUACAACUCCCCAAGAGCCAGGACUCCGACCAUGUCUACUCUCCUGUCAGUUUUCCUCUCCUCCAUCCCCAGUCCUGCUCAGCUGGGCUCUGAGACAAGAAGUCCAACCCAGGAGUCACAGUGAAAGUGGAUUCUAGACUCAGCACCUGGAAGUUCUGGAAUAGAAGGAUGACAGAGACAGUGAGAAGGAACCUGAUCUACGUUCAAGGAAAACUGGUCUCUUUGUUUCGGGGGCUGAGGUGUGGGGGGCCCCUAGUAGCAGUGGGUGGAGGAUGCAGAGAUGAACAGGGCAGCCCUGCCCUCUAGAACCUUAGAGUUGACUUGGGAGAGCAGGGCAUGCAAAGCCAAGCAGUGUGAGGCUGACACAGACAGGACUGCAAGAUGGGGAGAAAGGAGAGCUCAACUCAGCCUGGGAGAAGAGGGGAGGAUUCCAUCCCAGGGAGUUUAGUCCCUUCAUUCUCCAGAUGGAAGUUGAGGUCCCAAAAAGAGAAGUAGCAUGUCCCUUCUUCAUCCUACAAGGGGGCCUAGAGGGGUGCUGUAACCAGCUGGGCACGAGGGGGCGUGAGAAAGGCGGUCCCGUGAAAACUGAUCACCUGAAGGGAAUUUGGAAUGAGGACCUCAAAGGAUAAAUUCUACCCAACCCAACUCAUUUCAUAAUCUCUCCCCACCCCCUGCUUCUUCUCCAACUUCUUUCUUCUGUAAAGGGCUAGAAACCACCCUCUCCUUUCCUUUCUCAUCACAGUAGGGUCUCCCUUCUAAAACUACUGAAUCCAUCCGCUUUUCUUCAACGUCAUUGACCCCAAUCUUCUCUGCGCUACUUCCCUGGGCCACUAGGAUAGCUUCCUAACUGCUCUUUCUCCAGUCUCACCCCUCCCAGUCCGUUCUCUACUCUGUAGCCAGCCAGCAUUUAAGGCAAACUCGCUUCUCUCUUUAAACCCUGUCCGCAGCUCCUUACCUUCUACAGGAUGAGGUCGGCCUGCUGGCUGACAAAGUCCUCCACUGUCUGAGCCCUGCCUGUCUCUUCAGCCUUAGAUCUUACACGCUGGAGAGCAGACGGGGUAUCUCUUCAUACCCCGUGUUCUGGCUGCUCUGAAUGUCCCACGGCUCCCUGACCUGUCCCAUUCCACCUGUGCUGCCUCUGCGCGUGCUGGUCUGGCUGCCUGGAGGGCCCCUUCCUUCUCCGGGGAUGUGCCCCUAACCAGCUUUCGGGUCAUUUCUCCUGGGAAACCUUCCUGGCCCUCCUCCCUAGUCUAGAGCUGAUCACACUCAGCUUUGAGACCCCUUCUCUACAGAACCUCAUUUGCACAUGCCUCAUCUGCAUCUGAAAUGAUCUGAUUUACCCUUGCCCCACAUCCCCCACCCCAGACUGUGGGUUCCCUGAGGACAGGGGCUUUGCCAUAUUCACACAUUACUGGCUGAAUGAAUGAAGACAUGGGCUGCAUCCAUUUAUUUAUUUAUUUAUUUAUUUAUUUAUUUAUUUAUUUAUUUAUUUAUUUAUUUAUUUAUAUUGAAGUACUGUCAGUUACAAUGUGUCAAUUUCUGGUGUACAGCAUAAAGUCCCAGUCACCCAUAUCCAUACAUAUAUUUGUUUUCACUUUUUUUUCCAUUAAAGGCUUUUACAAGAUAUUGAACAUA